AUGACAACAUCAUAUUCAGCAAAUUCAGGCGAGUGGCAUAAAAGAGUAUCGAGCUUCCAUGCGGUUGAUUUGGUUACAUUGGACUCAAGUAUCUUACCAGCCAGCAUAAGCCGGACAUUGAGAGAUGCAUUAGAUGGAAGAGACACGACGGUUGUAGUUAACCACGAAAAAUCCAUAAAAUCACCCACUACUCCUGCUACUAUUACGGCUACUAUCACCUCUUCUCAACAGACACUUCAACUUAGAACCGUACCCAGCUUGGAAAAUAUCGGACAUUGUAAUAAUCAUAAUUAUUAUAAUAAUAAUCAUCACAAACAUCAUAAUCCUACACAGCCCAUUCUGACUUUACCUAUGGGACCAGAGAUUGAGCGGAUAAGCAUCCUCGAACAAGCCUUGGAAGAAGCAAACCAAAAGGUCCAUCAGAUGAACAACCAUCUGUGGGAACAUGAGCAAGGAACUCAGAUCACUCUUGGGCUACGACUCGAAGAACUUGAAAAGACCAAGCUUCAAUUAAAAACCCUAGAACAAAUCGAAGAAAAACAGACCGCAAUCAUCGAACAGUUACUCAACAAGCAGGACUCAAUGGAGAUACUUUUAAAAAGGCAGCAGAUCCACAGUGUCAAGAUGAUGGAAGAGUUUGCACGCGCAAAGGCAGACACCACAAAAUAUUUUCAGCACAAAAUCGAACAUGUGGUUAAAGAAGUAACACGAAUCUCAGCAGUACGCCAGGAUCUUGAAAAACGAAUGAGUGAUAUACAAGACCAGAAGAUCCUCGAGAAACGGUCGAGUGAUAUAGAUUUGCAGCGGACAAUGGCGCUGGAAGGCCGAGUUGAAGAGUUAGACAUGAUCGUAGAGAAGCUUGAUUUUCAGAAGAAGCGGACAUCGGCCGCCUUGACUAGAAAGACCAGUGCCUAUCGACAGAUGGAGCAAUGCUUGCAGAGACACACAGAAAUUAUCAAGACAUAUGAACAGAAGAUUAAGAUGCUCGAGAAGGCGGCCCUAGAGGCCUCCCAACAGCGAGUCCUGUCACCAAACAAAGAUGCAUCUGAUCUUCUAGACGAGUCGGAUACGACCACUGUACCUCUACCUGCGUCUGUACCUGUGUCUGUACCCGCGAACCCUGGCGAAAAAAGCGUAAUUUGCCACGAGGCCUGUGCGACCAAACAUCAAGAUGGACCCCACAACUCAACAAAUUCGAAAAAAGUCAGUGCACGCAUGGAGAACGGGUAUCAUUGGCAGGGCCAAAGAUCUCUUCGCCAUUCCCAUCAACCCACACGCUCGAUCUUGAAAAAAUGUGAUUCAAGUGUAAUUAAUCGAUUGGACGAGCAGGCACUACAGAAGCAGUGCCAAGAGUGGCUUGAUGAAGGCAAAGGCGAGACUCUGGUAUAUAAAAUUGUAGAGAUCUGCAAGGACAAUAAAUACCUCAUUGUACAGAUGCAAGAUAUGCAAAACGAACUAAACCUUUGGCACCAACAUGCCGCCAUGCUCAGAGACGCUCAACGUCACUCAAACCCUAAGAAACCUACAUCAGCAUCUACAUCUACAUCAGCAUCAACAUCAACAUUAGCAUCAACACAUACACCAACAUCAAAAAAACAUAGACACGAUUGUGAAAGUCGACUAGAUCACACUUCACACCGUACCCAAUUACGCUCUACUGAUAAUUCAGAAACUAUGCAUUCAUAUCCAUCAUAUAAACUCAAUAACUCUUCCCAAAACCUGAAUUUACCUCCUCCGACUGCCCCUCCAUCGAACCCACCACCACCUAUACCCAGUUCACCUUCCUCUCGACACUCUACAAAGUCAAUUGAAAAGGAAAACAAUAAUCAUAAUACUACAACCACAACUGCUAAUAGAUCUUCUCAGCAUAAUAUCCGGGACCUAAAACGCCGUUUAUCGCAUGCGGAAGCGGCGGCAUUUUCGAUGGCAAAGAAACUUGAUGCUGUUUUACACGAAAAAGAAGGACUAAACUUAGAAACAUCACGCUGGAGGGCAGAAGUCGAUAAACUGUUAGAGGCACAGGCUGAGAAGGAAGCACAGGCAGCCAAGGUGCAACAAGAACUAGAAAAGCAAUUAGAAGAAGAGCGUGCGCUAAAGGCCAAAUCUGAGAAAGCACGCCAAGUAUUGGAAUCUCAAACGGAUGCCUGGUUGAGUAAAAAGAGUGUAUUUAAAUGCUUCUAA